CCUUCACUCUUCUUCCUCUUCCAUAUUCUAUUUCGUCUCCGUUCGCUCUCCCAUGGAAGCUUGAGCUCGUCACCCUCUCUCUCUCUAACCCCCGCCUCUCUCUCCCCUUCCCUCUCUCUCUCUCUCUCUCUCUGUGCGUGUAAAUGGCUGUUGAGCUGCUUGGGUUCCCGAAGAUGGAGGAUCACAUGGCGAUUCAGCAGGCAGCGUCUCAGGGGCUCCGGAGCAUGGAGAGCUUGAUCGGUUUGCUGUCGUCCCACCAGAACCCCCAGUCGAGCCACGUUGACUGCUCCAACCUCGCCGAUCACACCGUUUCCAAGUUCAAGAAGGUCAUCUCCUUGCUGGACCGGACAGGCCACGCCCGAUUCCGGCGGGGUCCCGUACAUCCUCCGGCCACACAUGCUGUCUCGACCCCUGCCAGGCCUCCUCCAGCUCAGGCCUUCACCCCGAGCCCAAUCACCCCGUCGCCAUCGAUCCAGCCGCCCGCCGCGGUGCCACCGGUGCCAGCCACCUUCGUCCCGCCGCACUCGAAGCAGAGCCUGACUCUGGACUUCACGAAGCCGAGCAUCCUCGGCUCGAGUGCCAAGAGCGGCACGGAGAUCGAGUUCACCAAGGACAGCUUCAGUGUCUCCUCGAGCUCCUCGUUCAUGUCGUCGGCGAUCACCGGCGACGGGAGCGUCUCCAACGGCAAGCAGGGAAUUGCACCUCUGUUCCUAGCUCCUGCUGCCGCGCCGGCUGUCUCAGCCGGGAAGCCGCCGAUCUCGAGCGUCCCGUACAAGAAGAGGUGCCACGAGCACGACCACUCCGAGGAAGUCUCCGGCAAGGUCUCCGGCUCAGCCAGCGGCAAGUGCCAUUGCUCCAAGAGAAGGAAAAAUCGGCAGAAGAAGGUCAUCAGAGUCCCGGCGAUCAGCAGCAAAGUCGCCGACAUCCCGGCCGAUGAGUACUCAUGGAGGAAGUAUGGUCAAAAGCCCAUCAAAGGAUCACCCUACCCAAGGGGUUACUACAGGUGCAGCUCGGUGAGGGGCUGCCCGGCAAGGAAGCAUGUGGAGAGGGCCCCCGACGAUCCGGCAAUGCUGAUCGUGACGUAUGAGGGGGAGCACCGCCACUCCCAGGCCGCGUCGCAGGAGAUCGUGGCUUCGGGCGGGGUUGGCCUCGUGUUCAACUCCUCGUGACUCGCGUGACCUAGGAGGAGCCUGAGGAAAUUGAGGAGGGGGAGAGGCGAAGCUUUGGGGGGGGCAAAUGAAAGAAAAAGAAAAUUAAUCAUGUAGGCAUCUUGUAAUUUGAGGUAGUUUGGAGAGCUGGAUGUAAAUAUGUGGAAUUUAAGGGGGAAUAGAGAAAUUCAAAUCAACAGCAGAUGUUUAAUUUGACUUAGACCUUUCAAUUAGCAAUAAUUGGGAAUUUUUUAUACAAUUAAUUUUUCAGUCUCUUUAUUUU